CCGAAGGACCUCGCGUGACCAACAUCCGAGUUGAAUGUGGAAUAAAACAUUAUUUUUCCAUUUUUUAUUAAACAUAAUCAGUUUCCAAAGAGUAUAAAAGAAAUUCGGUAAAACAAAAUACAUUUUAAAAAAGCCCAAUAAUAAUAUAAAUAUUUCCGCAGUCGGUCACGUGAGCGAAAACGUCAUCGUGUCACAAGACAAAAUAAAAAACACUUCCGGGUUCAGAGUGGAUUAUUCUUUUAUUUUAAAACAUGGCUUCUGCAUUCGUCCUCGGGGAUAAAUUCAGAGAUAAGUUGACGGAGCUUUUGGAAAAGACCGACUCGUGUUUGCCCGAAAGGUUGAGAGAAGAACUGGAGGAGAGUCUCGGGAAGCCGGAGCCGACCAUCCUGUCCUUUAGUGCGGCGAGGACGCUGCAGAAAUACCUCCAGGACCAAGGGCGUCCUUUCUACCUCCAUGAGCUGUUGGACGGCGGCUCGCUGCACCUGCCGGAGGUGGUGAAGCCCCCCAGGAACCGCGAGCUGGUCGCCCGUCUGGAGAGGAUCAAAGUCAGGCUGGCCAACGAGGAGUACAGCCGGAUCACGCGGAACGUCAACACGCAGGAAAUCAGCCGCAAUGGAACAAUAGCAGAUUUUGGACAGGAAGUGCGGUCGGUCAAAGCGGUGGUGGCGACCGUGUUCAACUUCCUGGUGACGGUGGUCGCUGCGUUCGCCUGCUCCUACAUGGGGAGUCAGUACCUGUUCACCGACACCGGCGCGCGAGUGAUAGCGGCGGUGAUCACUGCGUCCGUCGUCGGGCUCGCCGAGCUGUACGUGCUGGUCCGGACCAUGGAGGGCGAGCUGGGGGAACCGUAGCCCCCCCCCCCCCCCCCCGCCCCCCUGACUAGAACAAGGACUUUUUAUGCUUUUUAAAAAAAUACAUAUUAUUUAUCCGUCGUGGAAAGUCGGUGGAACUUCUGAGAGAAAGAUGUCGAGAAUUCACUCAAAGUGACGCUGAAGGGAAGCAGGAACGUUUCAAAAUUACUGAAUAUCUGUUCUUUGUAU